AGGCUGGGAGCACCUCUCAGGCCGGCUGCCUACUUGGCAUACUAAACCUUGGGCAGUGAAGGGCGGAGCUGAAGCCUGCGCUAUAGGGUCAAGUGGUACCCAGGAGGAUGAAGCAGGGCCUAGUAGACGAUACUGAGGAUGUGUCCCUGGACUUCGGCAAUGAAGAGGAGCUGGCCUAUAGGAAGGCCAAGAUCAGGCACCCGCUGGCCACAUUCUUCCACCUGUUCUUCCGAGUGAGCGCCAUUGUCACCUACGUGUGCUGUGACUGGUUCAGCAGGAGUUUUGUGGGCUGCUUUGUCACCGUGCUUCUCCUUCUGUCCUUUGACUUCUGGUCUGUGAAGAACGUAACUGGAAGACUCAUGGUGGGUCUUCGAUGGUGGAACCAGAUAGAUGAAGACGGAAAAAGCCACUGGAUAUUUGAAGCCAGAAAGGUGUCUCCAAACCACGUGGCUGCCACUGAGGCAGAGGCCCGCAUCUUCUGGCUUGGUCUCAUCAUCUGCCCAGUCAUCUGGAUUGUGUUCUUCUUCAGUACCCUGUUCUCCUUGAAACUAAAAUGGCUGGCUCUUGUGAUUGCUGGCAUUUCCCUCCAAGCUGCGAACCUCUAUGGCUACAUCCUUUGUAAGAUGGGGGGUGAGGGCGACAUCAGCACAGUUGCUGCCAGCUUUCUGUCCCAGACGGUGUUCCAGACGGCUUCCCCAGGUGACUUUCAGAAGCCCAGGCUUGAAGGGUUGGACAUCCACCAGCGUUAGGUGAGCAAAGGAUGCAGGGCAGGGCCUGGGCACUCGUGGGACAUGCAGCUCCUGGCCAGCUGUGCCACAGGGUUAGGUGGACUCUGCCCAGUCCUCCAAGUUGACCUGGAGCAAGUCCAAGCUGGACCCUAAUGCUUAGGGCCUGCCCUGGACCCAUGGACCUUCAGAUAGGUUGCAUCUGCCUCACAGGGGCUGGCACACCCCAGGAGCACACUUGUAAAGGAGAAGGGGAGGACAGGGCAGGGGCUGCCCGCCUUCCAGUCAUGCCACAGUGGUGUGGAAAUCUAGAACGACUUCCCUCAGCAGCUCUCAGUUCUACAUCUUGGUCCCAGAUCCUUAGGACAGUGACAUCUGUCUUUCACAGAGCCAGGAAAUGGUUUGCCUGGGACCCAGGGAAUUACCGGAUGUUUUUAGGGUACCCAUCACCACACAGGUGGCUUACAGGCUUUUCUAAGGGUUUUGAUGGCCCCUAGUCAAAGAAUUCACAAGGAUCCCAGCAUGAUACAGGGCUGGAGACCAGUGUGGGCAGAGGCUGUGUUUGUUCUCCCUCCAUCACGUGAGGGAGGACUGUGGCCUCUGUG